GUGGCCGUCCUUGAAAUUGUUGAAGUCGCUGACCUCAACCUUGUGUGUGGUCGCAUUGAAGAGCCUUCAGGCUGGAUUCAGCUGAUGGACGUCGCGAACGGCCUCUGCCAUGCAGUUGCCAAGGACUUCGAAACAAAGAUGGACGUUGCCGCGGAAGAGGGGGCCUUCGACGUGGGUCUGUAUGUGCUCCGCCAGACUGCCUUUGUUGCCCCCGAUGCGGAGAACUUCGAUCCCAAUGAUGAGGAGCUAGUUGAUGAGCUGGAC